AUGGCGUCGGCCCGCCACCAAGACGAAGCGAGGCAGGACGACGAGUGCUGCUGUUCCUCUUCCGGUGUUGCCUCCGAGUGGGUCACUGACUGCAGCUGGGACAUUCUCGACCUUGACGCUGGUGGCCCAGUUGGUGCAGCGCUAUCGAGCAGAGAAUCGCCGACCCAAGCCCACACAGUUGUCCCGAUCGACACGCAGCGAGCAAAUCCGUCGUCAGAGGAACAUGCCGAAUCGCAGCGAGUAGCAGGCAAUAGCACCAAGCCACACACGAAACAACGGGACCCCGGAGCUCUGACAGGAGAAUCUCUCAACAACCCUGAGCCCGCUCUGUGUCAGGAGCAACAAGACCUGGUCGAUCUGAUAGCCAGCGGUCGCAAUGUCUUCUACACAGGCUCGGCAGGGUGCGGCAAGUCCACCGUCCUGAAGGCUGCGCUUUUGAGGCUCCAAGCCAUCGGCCUAGUCGUCCAUGUCUUGGCGCCAACUGGCCGAGCAGCCCUCCAGGUCAACGGCGUGUCGACGUGGUCCUACAUGGGCUGGACGCCAGAUCACCACAAGCUUCCGAUAGAGAAGCUUAUAAGUUCAGCGUUCCGCGAGCAUGUCCGGCGGCGUCUCAAGAGCACCGACGUGCUUAUCAUCGACGAGAUAAGCAUGGUCGAGAACCAUCACCUGGAGCGUAUGAACAUUUGUAUGAAGGAGGCUAGGCGAUGGAAGCAGGACGAACCGGCUCCAUUUGGCGGAGCACAGGUUGUCGUGACUGGCGACUUCUGCCAACUGCCUCCGGUGAAGCCCUUUCAGUAUUGCGUCGUCUGCGGGCAAGACAUGAAGGCAGACGAUUACGAAACUGAGUUUAACUGUCGGGCGAAUCAUGGGCCGUUCCGCGAGCAUGAGAAGUGGGCGUUCAUGAGUAAGGCGUGGGAAGAAUGUAAAUUUGCAUACGUGGAGCUGAAACAAAUUCAUCGACAGAAUGAUGAACACUUUAUCAAGAUGUUGCAAAAAUGCCGACUUGGGAUUCCAUUCUCGCAGGAUGAGACAGUGACGUUGGUAGACCAUCCGUGCAAUGUCACCAACGCCACGCGACUCUUUUCCACGAGGGCUGAGGUGGCCAAGGUCAACAUAGAGAGCUUUAACAGGCUGCGGACCCCCAUAGUCACAUACCAGGCCUUGGACGGAUUUGUUUGGCACCACGCCGAGCACCCACAUCUGGAGCACUGCAAUGAUCGCUUCACGGACGGGUCUCUGGUUGCUCUCAAAGACCACCGCCUAGAACGACAGGUACAACUAAGGGUAGGGCACACAGGGCCGACGGGACAUUCCCCGGAUCCUCCCACCAUCCAUGGGGACUAUGCAGCUCUGAAAGAAAGACAAGUCCAGCGUUUCACGAGCGGACAAAAGCAGAGAGUUUGGCCCCGGGUGCUCUUUCACAACGGCCAGAGACGCACCAUUUACGCAGAUUGCACAGUCAACUCGGUCGGUAACCGGGAACCCUACUCACUCUUACACCGCACACAGAUUCCCCUUGUAGCCGCCUGGGCCAUGAGCAUCCACAAAAGUCAGGGAACGACGCUGGACCGGGUCAUUGUCGACGUGACGAGGGCUUUUGAAGAGGGUCAGGUGUAUGUGGCCCUGUCCAGGGCGACGAGUCUGCAUGGCCUCAAGGUCAAGGGUAACCCGGACGGUCUAUCUGUUGGGCGCGGAGGCAACGCCGAUGUCCAACGGUUUCUCAGGGAAAAGUUCGGAGCCAGGCUCCCGCAGUUACAGCCUUGA